AUGUUGUUUAAUACGAUAAUCCGCGUAGAACCUUACCUCUCCUUGAAUGGCUUACAUAACUUUGUUUGUAAGAUCACAGGCGUUGCAUGGCUGUCGGCAGUUCGUGUCGUAAGAUGUCAGGUUGAGUCCGCCAACGAACGCAAUCCCUAUAAGAAGUUGUUAUCAGUUAUUAUACUGCUCUUCUUAUUUGCAUUCAAUAAGAAGCAUUUUGGGAAUACGAUAAGCCUUCAUGACCCUUAUGGAGUAUGGGCUACAGACGUGCUACUUGAACCUAACAAACUGAUGCAAUACCCUAUGAUUGGAACAGCGUUCUCAGUACUAAUCCGAAUGGAGCUAGCAGCACCUGGUGUACAAUACCUUAACGGAGAUCACCAACUGUACAAUGUUAUUAUUACAGCACACGCUUUCGUAAUGAUUUUCUUCAUGGUUAUGCCAGCUAUGGUUGGUGGAUUCGAAGUUUACAUCCUAAUUAUCCCUGGAUUUGGAAUGGUUAGUCACAUCGUAAGUGCAUUCUCAGGUAAACCAGUAUUUGGAUACCUAGGAAUGGUUUAUGCUAUGUUCAGUAUUGGAAUCCUAGGAUUCCUAGUAUGGAGUCACCACAUGUAUGCUGUAGGACUUGAUGUUGAUACACGAGCUUACUUCACAGCUGCUACAAUGAUUAUUGCUGUUCCUACAGGAAUUAAAAUCUUCUCAUGGCUAGCUACACUAUAUGGUGGUUCACUACGAAUUACUACACCUAUGCUAUUCGCUCUUGGAUUUAUUGCUCUAUUUACAAUUGGAGGUCUAACAGGAGUUAUCCUAGCUAAUGCUUCACUAGAUGUUGCUCUACAUGAUACAUACUACGUUGUUGCUCACUUCCACUAUGUUCUAUCAAUGGGAGCUGUAUUUGCACUAUUUGGUGCAUUCUACUUCUGGACACCAAAAAUCAUUGGUAAAACAUUUAAUGAAAACCUAGGACGAAUUCACUUCUGGACACUAUUUGUAGGAGUUAACCUAACAUUCUUCCCACAACACUUCCUAGGACUAGGAGCAAUUUUUAACGAUGCACCACAACCUUGGCAACUAGGAUUCCAAGAUGGAGCAUCACCAACACAAGAAGGAAUCACAGAACUACACGAUUCUAUUUUCUUCUACCUAGUAGUUAUUUGUUUUGGUGUACUAUGGGUACUAUCAUCAGUAAUUGUUAACUUUAACAGUAACAAAUCACAACUAGUAUACAAAUACGCUAACCACGGAACUCUAAUUGAGCUAAUCUGGACAAUUACACCUGCUCUAGUACUUAUUGCUAUUGCUUUCCCUAGUUUCAAACUACUUUAUCUUAUGGAUGAGGUAAUUAGUCCUUCUAUGACAGUUAAAGUAGCUGGACACCAAUGGUACUGGUCAUACGAGUACUCAGACUUUAUUAAUGAAGAUGGUGAAUCAAUCGAGUUUGAUUCAUACAUGGUUCCUGAAACAGAUCUAGAAAAUGGACAACUACGACUACUAGAUGUUGAUAACCGAGUAGUUGUACCAAUUGAUACACACAUCCGAUUUAUUGUUACAGGAGCAGAUGUAAUCCACGAUUUUGCUGUACCAUCACUAGGACUUAAAAUCGAUGCUGUUCCAGGACGACUAAACCAAACAUCAGUUCUAAUUGAACGAGAAGGAGUAUUCUAUGGACAAUGUUCAGAAAUUUGUGGAGUAUACCACGGAUUUAUGCCUAUUGCAGUUGAAGCUGUAACACCAGAAAAAUACCUUGCAUGGAUUGAUAGCCAAGCUUAA